UUGGUGUACGUGUCGAUGAUGGUGGGGGCUUUCGUGUGGGGCAGCCUGGCGGAUAAGAUGGGCCGUAGGAAAUGUCUGAUCUACUGUCUGGUCAUCGACUGUGUCUUCAGCUUCCUGUCCUGCUUCGCUCAGGGAUACGGAUUCUUCCUCUUCUUCAGGUUCUGCUCCGGCUUCGGGAUCGGAGGGACUGUCCCCAUCGUGUACACCUACUUCGCAGAGUUCCUCCAGAUGGAUAAGAGAGGGGAGCACCUUAGCUGGCUGUGUAUGUUCUGGAUGUUCGGUGGGCUCUACGCCUCCUUCACCGCCUGGGGAAUCAUCCCUCACUACGGCUGGGGCAUUAGCCUGGGGACACAGUACCAGAUCCAUACCUGGAGAGUAUUCAUGCUGGUGUGUAUGUUUCCAGCCAUCAUUGCCCUCAUUGGACUGGUCUUCAUGCCAGAGAGUCCACGCUUCUUCCUGUACAGGUAA